AUGGGUACUAGUAGCUAUCGAGCCAAGGAAAACUAUGAGAGUCUGGUUCCACCCGCAUCGGUUCUGGCACGAUUUGCCUUGUUUGUGAAUGGGAUGGCUCGAGCUGUCAUCCUGCCUUUUGGACCCACUCUCGUGUAUCAUUUGGUGCAUGUCAAGGCCGAGGUGACGUCGAGAACAUGGUCAGCAAUAUCUUUCAAGCUUGCCUUGGUCUUCAUGGCUUUUUCCAUAGGAUAUUCGGUUGGCAAAGACUUGGCCAAACGAUUGCCGUUAUCCAAGCAAGAUCUUCAUCAUUAUGUCGCUCGACUUGGAGGUGCCACUAUCGCCUUGCAUCUAUUCUCUUGUGGAGCUGGACUCACAUCAGUCAUGUGGUUGGUUAUAAUCCGCUUUGUAUCGGCAGUUAUGGUGGGAAUCCUUUGUUCCAUCACAGACCAAUCGUCGAUUCCCGAAGAAGACUACACGACAACAGUGGGAAGCCCGGUGAGCAACAUUAAUUCCACCGAGAAACAAGGAGAGUCACGUCCCACCAUAAUAUCCUCGGCAACUGCCAAGGUUUUUCUGACGGGUUUUGCUGUAUCGAUACUGUCAGGGGGGAUUUCUUAUCGUUCCCUUUCGGCGGAAGAAGCAUUCGAGGCGUUCUCAGUAACAACCAAAGGAGAUCAUUCUGGUGGCGGGCUUCGGAAAUUUGUACAACGAGUCGUAGAGGGGAAAACCACCAGCAGUCAACAACAAAGAGUCAGUUUCAAAGAAGACGGAGAAAUGCUCCUGGGGUCACCCAAAAGUGACAGUUUGGACCCUUUGCGUCCCAGAACAGGUUCGUUAAACAGUGUCGCCACUGAAGGCAGCGAGUUUUUUGACUGCCAGUCAGAUAUAUCAGAGGAAAACUCCACUUCCAAACUCUUCCAGGAUGAAACUGAUGUCGGCCAAUAUGAGGAUGGGAUAUGUUGCUAUUCGGAUGGAACUCCAGCGUAUGUGACACCUGGGGGCACAACUUCCGUCCCCCCGAAGCACUUUAUCGAUGAUGCCAGGGGUGAUCGCAACAAAGCCUUGACACAGUGGCAAAAGACCCAGAAUUGGAGACGAGAAGCAAACGUGUGGAAAAUACAUACCAUUCCAAACAAGUCGUACUCUGUGAUCAAGGAUGGAUAUCCGCAUUGGAUUGUUGGCCAUAGCAAAAAAGGUCUACCCUGCGUUUUUGAACAACCUGGGAAAAUGAAUGCGAAGAAGCUUUUCUACUCAGACAACGGGUGCACAAUAGACGACAUGGUACAUCACUACAUUUUUUGCCAAGAGUUCAUGCAGAAUGUUCUUUGUCCUUCUCCAGAGCUGAGAAAAGUUGCGGGCAAACAGAAUGAACCCUACACUGCCGCUGAUUACGGAAUCGUAGUUGUUAUGGACAUUGCCGGGGCCGGUGUGUCCUUGCUCAGUGCUGAUAUUCUGAGAUAUCUCAGAAAAGUUGGAGAAAUCAAUGCCGUGUACUAUCCCCUGUCGAUCAAGCAAGUUUGUGUUGUCAACGUCCCGUUCUUUGCCGGUGCUGCUGCUUCAACCAUCAAGAAGGUCUUGCCAGAUUCGGUCACGUUAGAUUUACUAAGCGGCAAUUGCAUUGACGGUCUCCGAGAGCACAUGGAUGACGAUCAAAUUCCACCAGAAUACGGUGGCUCGAGUCCAUACAAACUGGGCACCCAUCCGUACGAGAAGCAAUUGGAGGCUUUAGUUGCAAAGGCUGCUUUGGGUGGAGCGGAAGAGAACAAUGAUGACUCGGCAAUUGUAUCCUCAACACCGGCGGACAUGGACGGACCCCACGCCGAGACGACUGCAGAUGGUGACGCUGUCCCUUCGAACGCCACCGAGAACGAAAGUGACCUGCGACGCAGGGGUGCCGGUGUGAGCUUUGAGUCUGCAGAACCUGAGAUGCCAAAAACACGUUCAGUAGCCGAAGGGGGUGUUGCUGUCAAUGCUCUGGCUUUUGUUUCCUUCUAUUGUGCCAUUUGGAGUUGUGCCCAAGGUGCGAUCGAGAUCGCAAUCCCGUUGUGGUUGUCAUCACCAGUGCGUUUUGGUGGUUUAGGAUACACUCCAUCCAUGAGCGGGGCAACUAUGUUUGUGGCUGCAUUGGUGGUUUUGUCGAUUUUGAGAACGAAGGCAUCUCAGGCCAUUUCUUCGAUUCCUCGCAAAGACCCCCUGCGUGCACUUCGCAUUGGGUUGGGCAUCGAGUCAGCAGUGCUGUUCGUGAUGACCAUGAUGCCCAUUUAUCUAAAUGCUGACCACAACACAACAAUCAUCACUCCUUUGACAAUCACUCUCUUCACAAUUGGAGCUAUUGCCUGCCUUUUGGGUCGAUCUGCAGAGGCCAUCUUGCGUGCAAAAGUAUCUGCUGGGUUUCCUCCACAGUCUGGUUCCAACGGAAAUUCCGGCCUGGAAGCACUACUGGCUGAUUUCACGAGUGGACGAUCGGUCGAUUUGCUAUGUGUCGUGGGUGAAAUCGUUGGAGUGCUAAUUGUUUCACAAGUCUGGGCGCUGGCAAUCAACAGAGAUAGACCAUCCAAGUAUGAUGGAUCUCUUUGUGUGCUUCUCCCUGCGCUCAUGACAAGUUUCCUGUACUUUGUUUCUUUCUUCCUCCUCCUCUUGGAUGUCACCAACAAGUCCUCCAACCAAGCGGUUUCAGACGACUCUACAGACCUAGAACUGGGGAACGUGCCCGAAAGGAAAGCAGUGUAG